AUGCGCGUAACGACGGAAGAGCCACCUCCACCUGAACCAGCGCCGGAACCGACGCCAGAACCACCAGCGGCAUCGCCAGCACCUCCGACGCCGUCGCCACAACCGGAGCCGACGCCUUCACCGACUCCUGCACCUCCCGCGGAAGCGGCCCCGACACCCUCGCCAGAGCCGCCGGCACCUCCUGCCGAAGGUGCUCCUGCACCCCCUGCAGAAGGUGCCCCGCCAGCCGAGGGUGCGCCUCCGGCUGAAGGUGCACCAGCGGCUGCGCCAGCGGAAGGCGCGGCGCCACCAGCGGAAGGUGAAGCACCAGCAGCUGCAGCUGCACCUGCAGAAGGAGCUGCGCCGCCAGCGGCAACGGAAGGAGCGCCUCCAGCCGAGGGAGCGCCUCCGGCCGAGGGAGCACCUCCUGCCGGGGGUGCACCUCCCGCGGAAGGUGCACCACCAGCGGAGGGUGCGCCGCCAGCCGAAGGUGCGCCACCCGCUGCACCACCUGCCGAAGGUGCACCACCAGCGGAAGGAGCCCCGGCAGCACCACCGGCCGAGGGUGCUCCGCCAGCUCCCGCGGAAGGAACCCCGGCUGCACCGGCCGAGGCUGCCCCAGCAGCACCUCCGUGCUGCGAAGGUCCACCUCCAGCCCCGGCAGAGGCUGCCCCACCCGCACCCGCCGAAGCUACUAAGGUAGUUUUGCUUUUGAAAGUUAUCGUGAACGUCCAACCCUGUCGCCCGAUAAUCCAAGUUCCAGGUUCCAAGUUCAUCACGUGGGCACCGGCGUCGUAACUCAGAAUUGGAACGGAUCAAGGAUCACCUCGCACGACUUCGACUCGUUAGAAUUUGCAUAAAACGUACACGUGGCAUGGACAAGCGCGGAGAAUCUCUCCAUCUCUGUCUCUGUAGGUACCAUGCUCGGCGUGCGUCGCCCGUCAUCGUCAUCGUCAUCCUAAACCAUUGUUACGCGUCAACCUCGACGCCCCAUCGCGCCUGUUUAUCUACCGAUAACUCGAAACGGGACGAUAAUACCUGAGAAAGUCCCUUUCACGAAUUUUACACGCGUCACAAGCACGAGAGAAUCAUCGCAGAUCGUCGGCUAUCUCGUCGGACAUCGGCCAUUACGCAUAAUUAAUUAAGGGAAAAAACGAUCGCCGUUGUCCCGAGGGAGGACUUUUCUAUCGAACGAAACCGACAACGAAACACAUUUUUAUGUAAAUAAGUCACAGAACGUUCUAUGUUCAAACUUACCUUGACCACUGAACAUGAUUGGAUUUCGUAAUAAAAGUCUGUUCUGCGUUUACAGAA